AUGAUGUGCGAGCAUGUCGAAGUGCUGCCCCCGCCUCCACCGAACGUGGAAAAGAGCCACACCAUGUACCACAACAUCAGACCAUACGUACCAGAGGAGUUCCGAAACGACCCCCUGUACGCAAAACCAAGUGAAAGGGAAGGGAUUGACGCCAAAGAAGCAAAACAGGCGCGACGUGCUCACCGUGCUGCCAUGGCAGUGGCUGCCCAAGCAAACCAGGAUCGUCGAGGCAGGGACGAGACCGAGGAUGAGGCUGAUACCGAUGCCUCCGGAAGCCCUGCGAAAAAAACAGAAGAAAGACUUAAUGUCGUUAUGUUCCUGAUAAUUCGAAAUGUUACUUACCUCCGUCUUACCACAUGUUUCUAA